AUGCUGGGUUAUUUGUCAGAUGAGUUUGAGGAGCUCUCACCAAGCAGUCAUUUGCGCUCUGCAUCACCCAACAUCAUCAACAGUGAUCUCAAAUCACAACACCUAAAAAGCAAGUCACCUCGCCCAUAUAACAACAGUGCGGAAAUUUGCGAUAAUUGCUCUCCGCAAAUUAACGUCAUCAAAGAUUCGAGACCCGACAUAAUUGCUUGGCCAACACCACCGAAUGUUCAAAACUGUAAUGGCAUUACUAAUCAAGAAAAUAAUUCAGAAGAAUCGACAAAAUUACUUUCUAUCUUAAAAUCGGCUUCAUCAACUGCACCCCGCGGGCGAGAGAGCGAACUAAAAAAGAAAAUACAAACACUGGAAGAUACUGUUGCUGAAUACGAACGACAAAAAUAUAAUGUUAUGGGGACUUUUAGUGAGUACCGAGAACGUGUCGCAGAACGAGAGCGGAAGCUAGAAGCUGAGUAUUCUAGUAAAAUUAUAGCUCUUAGCGAAGAAGUUCUUGGAGCCAAAAAGGAUUUUGAAGCCAGAAUGAAAAGUUUUCAAGCUUUACAAGAAAAAUUUGAGCGGGAAAAAGAACAAGCGCUUGAAAAGUUACGUCAAGAGCACCAGAAGGAAAUUGAAUUACUGGAGCAACGUUUCUCUGAAUCUCAAUUACUUAAUUUGGAGCAAAAAUAUAUGAUCGAAAUUCAACGACUAGAGGAGGAACGAAAAAGCUUAAAAGCUGAAAAAGAAAGACUAGGCGAAACGUUUGAAACAAAACUGAGGCGUGCACAAAGUUUGUAUGAAACAGAACUAACAGCAGCUAAAAUGCUGUACUCGAAAGAGCUUGAGGCUUUGCGAGACCACGAAGAAGCUCUCAAAGAGGAACUUUUAGCAAGGCAAGAUGAAUUCCACGACCGUCUUCAAGAAUUACAACAUCAGACGAAACAAAGUCGAGAGGAACUUGCGAACUGCAAGAAUGAAGUAGCGGCAUUGGAACAAAGAUUACAAGUAAAAGAAGCAGAAGUUGUAGCUAUUUCUAAAGAGCUUGAAGAGGCCCGAAAUGAAACAAAUGACUCGCUACGAAAACUUUCAAAAGUAGAAAUUGAAUUACAGGAAACUAAACAUCAAUAUCGCCAACAGGAGGAAAAGUUGCAGCGAAAAUCUAGUUUAUUAAACAUUGUGGAGACGGCAAAAAGCAAGUUAGAAGCGUUUAUUCGCGAUUUGCAAACCGAAGUGAAAGCACUGAAAAACAAAGUUGACUUCCUGGAGAAAGAACGAGAAAAUCUGCAAAGUCAAAGUGAAAGUCAGAGCAAAUUGCAAAAUUCACAAGUGAAUGCUUUAGAAGCGGUUCUCGAAUCAGUGACCAAAGAAAAAGAAUCCACCAAAGAUCGUUAUGAAAGCCUUUUGGAAACGGAGCGUCAGCAAGCUGAGGAACGUGAAUAUGCCAUGAAAAAAGAGUUUAGUUCAAAAUUAAAUGAACUAGAAUCCCAAUAUAGCAGUUUGAGAGAUCAUCUGGAACAUGAGGUUAAACGAAGUGAGGAACAGGAAGUAUCGAAUCUUAAGCAUGAAAAUCGUUUACUAACAACAGAGGUCCAUGAACUGAAACGGAGGCUUGAGCUGUUGAUGGAGUGUAGUGAGGAUGGUGGCGAUGAAACUGUACAAAAAAUUAGGCAGUUAUUCGAUGAAAGCGACCAGUUAAAAAAUGAAGUUAAGAAAUGCAAGAAACUGUUGAACGAAAAAGAAAUCGAAAUAAAAAAAAUGGAGCAAGAAUUUAAGCACCAUCCUAGUCGCAUAACUAAUGAACAAAAUAAAUUUCGAAUGGUGGAUUCACUGUUCCAUUUGGAAGAAACGAAGAAAUCGAAUGCUGAAAUUGAUACACUGGCUGCUGAGCUGGAAAAUAAAACAGUGCUGAAUGAAAAUCUGAUAAAAGCAGGAAUUGAAAGUGAGAACUCUAUGGAGACAUCAAAAGACUAUAGUGUUCAGAACCAAAAUGAUUGUAGAAAGAACAGAGUAGAAAACUCUGUCACAAUCCAGAAACUCGUUGAUGAGAUUUAUGAAAAGCAAAAACAAAUUGAAGCUUUGGAAAAAAAUGAAAGAUGCCUGAAAGAGGAAUUUCAAACUCGGUUAGCAGAACGAGUUGAAGAGGAAACUUCAAAGAUAUUACUUAAUUAUGAAACAAAGACUGGGAUAAUCAAAAGCGAAAUAGAUCAAAAGACUGGAUUACGUGGAACUUUUCAGAAGAUGAAGUUGGAAGAAAAUGUUAUGAUAUUAAAAAAUGACUGUGAUUUGAAAAACAAACAAAUUAAUGAGCUGAUGGACAAAAAUCAGAAAUUAAUAAGUGAACUAAGUGCUGUAAAAAGUGAACUUGAAAAGAAAAGUAUGGAAAUUAAAAACUUCACCAAAAAGACAGAUGAAUAUCUCAGGAGACGAGAGAAUCAACAAGUUCAAAUUCUUGAGAAGAAAAUUGCAAACUUGAACAAGGAACAUGAAAGAAAAACUGAAAUUAUGAGGAAACAUGAACUGGAACUGAUAAACAAAUAUCAUAAACUUCAACAGCAGCUCAAACUUAGCAGAACUGACAUUAACUUGACUGGAGCCAUAAAUGGAGCGCAGACAACGAUCAACAAUGAGAAUCAAGUAAAUGCAAAUGGUGAAAAUCUGCAAUUCAUUGAACAAAUACAGCAUCUGCAGAAUACUUUGAAAGAAAAAGAUGCAUUCAUAGAACAACUUCGGAAAACGUUAGAACUGGUGCAAGAAUCGCAGUUAGACAGCAAACAGAAUAGAUCACACAGUUUCACAGCAGGCGAGAAUAGUAAAAUUCAAACAUCUACAAGUAAUUUACAAAUUUUGCUUACCGAAGUGCAUGACCAGUGUAAAGAGGAUACAAAAGUAAAGGAAUCAUCGGAAUUAAUGAAAGGGAAGAGGAAAAAAGAAGAAGGUGAAAAAGAUAAAUCGAAUUACGGAGUGACAGGUAUUCCAAGACCGAAAUCGCCUGCUUAUUCAGCACGAAUUCAUGAGCGAAGUCCUACGAAGUCAAAGUCUCCCACAGUAGAUUCAGGAAAGCAAAAGGAUGAUAAAGGCAAAAACUUACUGUGUCCUGAAUCGGAUCGACCAUUAUCAAGUGAAGAUCGUCGACGAGGUUCACCAGUGCAUCCAUCAUCAUUUCGUGUUAAAAAAGAAACAAGCACAACAAUAAUAGCUUCAUCAAAUACUAAAGAUGAGUCAAAGAGACCUGCGUGGAAGUUCUAA